CAGGUCCUCCGGAUACGCUUUGUUCCAAGGAUUCACCCGCGGAUGCUGCCCCUGCUCUGGCUCGUGGCCGUGGUCGUCGCCGUUGAGGCGGCGACGUCGCCGGCGUUCCGAGCGCAUGGCCCAUGGGCGCCAAGUAGACGCGCACUUUCCGAGGAUGAGCGUGUAGCCUGGUGGAUUGGUGUCAAGGCGGCGCGGCCGCACGCCCUCGACGACGCGUUCGCCAACGUCACAACGCCAUCACAUCCACGCUUCAUGCGCUACCUUAGUCGAGCCGCUGUUGAUGCGCUCACGCAGCCCGAGGCCGCGGCGCUGCCAGCGCUUACAGCGUGGCUUGGCCAGCUCAACACGACGUACUCGGCGGCGUCCAACCUCCUCGUCGUCGAAAGCUCAAUUCACGAGCUCGAGACGCUUCUGGACACGACGCUCCGCGAGUUUGCUGCGUCGGACGCGCACCGCGUCAUCAAGGCGACGACGCCCAUCCACGUUCCCGACGUCGUCGCCGCCUACGUCGAAUUUGUCAGCGUGACGCUGCCUGCGUCCAUCGUUCCUAGCGCUACUGACGCGACAACCACCAGCCAUCCGUCGCGUCGCCUCGACACAAACACCCUGAUCACUCCCACAGUGCUGCGGGGCCUGUACCAUAUCCCUGCCGACCUCGUCGUGACCGAUGCGCGGGCGACCCAGAGCUUUGCCGUCUUCUUUGAAGCGUCGUACUCGGAAGCCGACUUGAUCGACUUUAACACGACCAUGAAUACGCCCCGCGCGCCGUUGGCCCAGCGCGGCAACCGCCCCAACGACCCGCGGUCGCCGCACGCCGAGCCGUCGCUGGACGUUCAGUACCUCACGGCCAUGGCGCCGCUCGCCACCACAUACGCGUGGCUCAUGCGCGGGCGGAACCCGUUCUCAGCGCUCGACGAGCCGUUUGUAGCGUGGGCCGACGACAUUCUCUCGCGGUCGUCGCCUCCGCUCGUCCAUUCGAUCAGCUACGCCGACGACGAGCGCCACUUGGCCGCCAACGCGCCCAACUACCUCCGCAGCCUCGACCGCCUCCUCCAGAAAAUGGCGCUCCGAGGCCUGACCGUGAUCGUCGCCAGCGGCGACGACGGCGCCAUGGGUCUGCAGCACCGACAGCGCAACAUGUCUCUUGCUGCUGCAUGCGCCCAAGGGGGACCGCAAUGGCCAGCGUCGAGUCCGUUCGUGACGUCGGUGGGAGCGACGAUGCUGCUCGACGGCGAUGAGACUGUGUGCAUGGCCGACCACGGCGGUCGCAUCACGUCGGGGGGCGGCUUCUCGUCUGUGUACGCGCAGCCGGCAUACCAAACCCGUGCGCUGGCGUCGUACGUCGCCCAGCUGCAAGUGCCAGCAACGUAUGCGAAUCUCUCGGGCCGCGGGUACCCGGAUGUAUCGGCAAUCGGAGCCCACUACCGCGUCCGCGUCAACGGCACGUGGCGCGUCAUUAGCGGCACGUCGGCGUCGACGCCGGUGCUGGCCGCCAUGGUCACCCUCUGGAACGACGCGCGACUGAACGCGGGCAAGUCGCCGGUCGGGUUCCUCAACACGCUUUUGUACGGGUUCCCGUCCCGCGAUGCGUUCUUUGAUAUCACCACAGGCGACAACCGCGCCGGCAAACGCCAUCAGGACAAGGCGCCCCGGUGCUCUCACGGCUAUGACGCGGCGCACGGGUGGGACGCAGCAACGGGCCUCGGGGCGCCACGCUUUGAUGCGCUCCUGUCGCUUGUGCUCCACGCCGAAGACGUCUUGCGGGGCAACAUGACGGCACUGACAAUUCCGGUGGUUGUUAACGAUACCCGCACCUCGCUCUUGGCAGCGACCAAGUCGUCGGUCAUGCAGUCGGUCGUCAAGUCGGUCGUCACAUCCAUGGGCACCGCGUCCUGGCUGCGGGGCGCCGGUAUCUUUGGCGGCACCCUCGUGCUGCUGGUCGGUCUCGCGACGGCCGUCAUGACGCUCUGCGUCAAGCUCUGCAGACGCCGGCAUGCCCGCUACGAGAAGGUGCCGACCGGCCACGACACGACGCUGUAAGACACGUAAAUGAUAGAGACUAGAUGCGUUGGAUUUGGGCGG